AUGGGUCAUAAUUUAUGAAGUUAAAACUGUGGAACUAUGGAAGGGUGGGAUACCUUUGUUAUCAUCAUUCCUUUAAACUUUCAGUUAUCAGCGUCGGAUUGUUUGAUGGCAAAUUGGGCGCUAAGGAAGGAUGGCCACCGAGCAACCAUGGCAACAAGUUGCUGAUAUCGAAGACCCGAUCUGGGUCUCUGGGGGACUUGGGAGAAGCAUUAAACAUGGAUAGGAAUACUCUUGCCGCUCUGGUGGAGGCAAGAGAUGGACCCAGGACAGUUCUGUUACAGAAGGGCAGAGAAGGAUUUGGAUUUGUACUCCGUGGGGCAAAAUCCAAACACAUGCCGGUAUCCAGCUUGGACUUUCACCCCACGGCUGAGUAUCCCGCCCUCCAGUACCUGGACAGCGUGGACCCGGGCAGCAUGGCAGAAAAGGCUGGCCUCAACAGUGGUGAUUUCAUUCUAGAGAUUAAUGGCCAUAAUGUGGUGCAAGCGUCUCAUGAACGGGUGGUGGAGCUGAUCAAGGCCUCGGGGGACACACUAAAGCUCAAAGUUGUCACAGUCAGGCCACAGGAGAAGAACUGGUUUGUCCACCAAGAUGGCUGCAUGACCUUGCCUACAAGGGGAAAAGGCAAAGCACCACAACCCCCAAAACGUAAUCCCAACACAUCCCUGUCUUACAGCAAGGCAAGGUCAAAAUCAUUUGCUGAGGGACUGGCAGAAAUUGAAAAACUAGAUGAAACUUUGGCCCAGUAUGAUGCAGCUGGAUCUCGUUCCAUGACUGGCCUUGAUAGAGUGGGUUCUACUGAAGGGGAUACAAAGAUAGCCUCCAUACGGACAAGACAUGCGGCCAAGAGGGUCUCCUGCAUUCAGUUUGAUGGGGAAUAUGGUAGUGCCAGUGAGAAGAAAACAACACCGCCAGUGCUGCCUAAAAAGUAUGCCAGUCCAUCUGAGCUGCGCAUCCAGAGAUACCACAAAAAAUACCAACAAGGAACAUUGGAAAAGGCCCGUAGCACACCAAACCUGGCCAAUGGGGACGAUGGUAAAGAGGUAAUAUAUGCCACGCCACACGUGCAAGCAGGCAAUGGACCACUCACACAAAAUGGCGCGAAUAAGCAUUUCAGCAGCAAUGGCUACAAGACAGUGUUGAGCAUUGGGUCUGGUGAUUCAGAUAGCAGUACCUCAUCUGACAGUGUGUCUGGUAUAGCACGUGGAAAGGCAAAACAAAAUAUAUAUUCUGUGCCGCACACAGCGCCUAAGGUGACCUCUUUAAGGGCAGCCUCUCACGGUCAGAUUGCAUCAAAUAUUUCACAGGGUGUGGCAACAGGGAACAAUUUAAGAUCACAUGGUCCUAAGGUGGAUCGCCCACAGAAGCCGGUGUCUGUAGCAUCCAUGUCUGGUGUUCUCAUCCCACCACCACCCCGCAAACCUGCCCCCCAGCCACCCGUCAAAUCAGAGGUGGUAUGUAUCAGCACCAAUAGUUCCAUUUAUGCAAAUGUAUCCGCUGAGAUACAAGCGAGGAAAACCAAUAAUGCUGAUUCUCCAUAUGAGUCCAGUUUUAGACCUGGAACCAAUGCUAAAGUUACCAAAGAUCCUGAUGUGACAACUGCAUCAGUUGAACAAGCCAAGCUGCGAGUCCAAAGAAAAGGCAGCAUUGGAUCAUUACAACAUGCUCAGCACUUAAUGUCAGCUGAAGAUAAGCAGAAGUUCCUAUCUUUCCCUCGUCAUGGUCACCCUCCAGCAGAACUGGAAAAACCCACUAGUAACGAGGGGCCCAGGACAGUGUCAUUUGCAGAUGACAGAGUGUUUGAAAAUGCUGCAUCGUUUAUGGAGCACCAUCCCAAUGCCAGUCUGCUUGUGACAGCUAACAUGGGUUCUAGUGAGAGACAGCGGUUAAGUAAGGACCUGUACGAGCCUGAACCAGACUAUGAUGCUGACAGUGAUGAUGGAGAUGUUGUUGUUCCAAAACCAACGGCUCCAGAGAAUAACACUAGCAGAAGGUCUAGUUCAUCGUCUGCCUCAUCAGUCUCUAACCGUAGUGACAUCCCUGUGUCCAUUCAUACCCAGACCAGACCCCUGGGCUCUUCAGGGAUGGAUGCUAACACCUCUGUUACAGUCAUAUCUGUGGGCAAUGAGUCACCUAAACUACAGCCAGCCUCACAGACCAAGUCAGACUCAAUUCCACACUACUCUGUGAAUUCUAACAUUCCGAAACAUGCUUCAGAUUCCAAGGAGAACAUUUCAUCAAGACAGGUGAAAGACAAUGCAGACACUUCUGACACACCCAGCUUGUUGACCAACCAGAUCCGCUUGGCUGCCCUGGCCAGAGACAAAAGGCGAGAGGAACAAAACAAUCGGCCCACAUCAGCCGCUAUGCCACCCCCUCCUCCAGCUCCAGCCAUACCCCCUGCCCCAUCCCCGCCCGCCCCUGCAGUCCCUUCACAGGAGACUGUCAGCAGAUCCUGUCCUUCCACGAUGCCCUCAAGACCCUCAGCAGAGGAAAUACAGAUAGCUGCUGCCGAGAGGCAGACCCGCCUGCAGAACGGAGGAGCAGAACAUCUCCUCAACAGACCAGUUGCUGUGGAUAGCACUCGCAAAAAACCACUGGACCAAACGCAAGCAGCCAUCUUAGCCGCUGUAGCCAAACGACGAUCUGUUUUAGAACAAAGUCCAGAGAAAGACAUUGUGAAUCAAAUUGAGUCAAAGUUGAACAAAACAAAGAAGCUACAAUCUGUAAAAUAUUAUGGUUCUGGUAGUCAACCACAAACACAGGCAGAGAAAAAACCAAUAACAGCUACUCCCAAAACGGCAGAAAAACCUACAGGAAAGGCAUCGCCCAAACCAUCCACUGUUAAGGAAACUCCAGUCACCAAAAACAGUCCCAGGACUGUACAGACGGCAACAGACAGCCAAAAACCACAGGCCACGUCUGCAAACAGCGGUUCUAAUUUCCUGGCCCUGGCUGAAAAGGCGCGCCAGGAGUAUCUUCAGAAGAAAAACAAUGAAUCUGGCAAAAAAGACAUUGCCUCACACCCGUUGAGCAAGACACCACCCCCUCCUCCUGUUAAAUCUGUCUUCAGUAAAGGACAGUCAUCAGCGAAAACAAACUCAAGUUUGAAGGCUUCAGGUGAAGUGAACUCGAGGCCUGGUCAAGGCAGUGUUGAGAAUACCAGUGAUACAAACAGUGAUGAGAACAAAUCAAUACAAGAUAAAAUCAAAAGUUUUGAAAAGAAGCUAGACUUCAGCUCAAUAAUAAGAAACAACAACAGUGGUUACGAGGUGCGAGGUGUUACAGAGGAUGAUUCCCAUACUGAAGCGGACAAUAGAUCUGCUGGCCAGCUGCCUUCGGCAAUGGUUGCUCCCCCACCUGCCUUCAGUGACCAUGGCAACGUUGUGUCAGAGGAUGUGGUGGAGAUAGAAAUCAUUCCUCCCCCUUCCACUUUUGCCGGGGAGGAUCAUGCUGGAUCACCUGAUCAGACUGGCAAUUCAGCCUUUGGACACGAUGAUUCAGUUAGUCUGCACUCUUCUGUAUCCACAUUGUCCACACUGUCCAGCGAGCAUGGGGAAGGGGCAGCUAGAGGUCAGCCCAUUUCAGCAUUAGAAGAAGUGAUUGCGCCUCCCCCGCCAGGCUUUGGUGACAGUCAGGAUCAUUAUAUCCCACCCCCACCAGAGUUUCAGGAAAGCAACAGUUCAUCGAAGGUUCAGAGCAAACCUUUCAGUUCCAAAGCAGUGGACCUUUGGAAUUGUGUGGAUGUGUUGGACUGGUUAGAAAGUUUAAAUAUGUUACAAUACAGAUCAAGCUUUGCUAGUCAUUCUAUUGAUGGCAAGAGACUAGUUGAACUGAGCAGAAAUGACUAUAUUGAGUUAGGUGUUACACAGGUGGGUCACAGGAUGAACAUAGAAAGAUCAAUCAAAAAACUGGCUCUCCAGAAGUCAGCAGUUUACUGAAACAUCCACUUGCAGAUCUUUUCCCAUUCGUCUUUUGUGCUGGGAUGAGUGUCUUGCUGUUGUGGUUAAAGCUGAGCAGUUUUGGAUUUGGACCAAUUGGCAAUGCAUGUUGUGUGUGUCUCUGUGUGGCCUGAGAGCUCACUGUAUGUACUGAUGCAGAAUGAUUGUGAUAUUCUCUUGUGAUUCUUGUGCUACCACUACAACCUUGUCUAACUAUGCAGCUGUAUGAACUGAUGGACAUGUGUAGGAGCUUUCAUUAACCACAGAUCAACUUUUCAAAUUAAAGAGUGAUCUCCUCGAGGUGGUUGUGCGAGACUGCAUUGUAAGAGACAUGCCUUAUGACACGGUGUUGUUCCGAGGCACAUUGGUCUGUAGUGAUAGAGGAGACUCUCUACACUCAUACCUGUGGAUGCCUUCCAGUGAGGGUGAACAAAGUUAGCUGGUCUGUACUGGGUUCUGUGUUUGGCAUCACUAUAUUAUCAACUUUGACCAGUCAUUUCGUGUUAGAGUUAAAUUGGCCAAAAACCUACGUAUCACUGUGACUUUUGUCACGACCUCGCAGUUGUGGUUUAUGUGAUUUAAGUUAAAUGAUAGGUGUCAGUUGAUGGUAUUUACUGUCAACCUUACAGUUGUGGUUUAUGUGAUUUAAGUUAAAUGACAGGUGUCAGUUGAUGGUAUUUACUGUAAACCUUGCAGGUUGUGGUAUAUGUGAUUUAAGUAAAAUGAUAGGUGUCAGUUGAUGGUAUUUACUGUCAGCCUUGCAGGUUGUGAAAGAUGGAGACAUUAGAAUGACAAAACUCACCAGUUUAUAAUGCAAUGUAUCUGUGCAGCACAGGCUAUAUACAAAACAUAUACAUUUAGCUUAAGUAUUUAUGUUGAAUGGGGUUGCUGAAACAUUCCUGGAGCUGAGAUCGAGGCAUUGAUAUCCAGCAAGUUAUUUACAUAUCAAAGAGAGGAAAUUAAGGUAUCCGCCUAGUGGAAAUUGUGGUGCUUUUGUCUUGUAAGCUGCUGUGACAGUUGAUUGUAUCAUUAUAUUUGGUUGUUGGGUAGAGACGUUCUGCUUGAAGUUUGCAAUUCGGGCAUAUUUAAGUCUUAUAAGCGUUACUUCUUAGCCAGUUUAACUCAUUACUUCAAACGAAACAACUGAAAUUGGCAACUCUCAAGCAAUAUUUUCCUCUUGUAAUGACUCGUGAUAGCCAUGUGUACAAUUACUUUGAGAAAGUAACACCACCUUGAGAAAGGUUUGAGCUACAUGUAGACUGCUACAUGCUACCUGCUGCACAAAGUUUUCAUCUUAGCAAUAGCAGAUCAAGUAAAGUGGUUAGCAUUAACAGAAUGUGCGACAAACUGAUUUCUUUAUCCCUAAUAUUGAGGGAGUUCAGACUAUUCCAAAACUUUACAGCCUUCCCCCUCCCCAAUUAAUUUGUUGAUGCCUGUUGUUUGAUCAUAUAACUUUAUAAGAUGGACUUGGUUAGACCUGUAAACUUAUGUACAUGAAAACUUAGGUACAAAUAGUCGUUUUCAGAUUUUCUUUUGUUUUGUAAGAAUUUUCUGCUUUCGGUCAGAUGUACCUGUAUGUGUGUGAAUUUCCUGCAUCUACGUGUAUCUCGCAUGAAUGUAAAAAAAUUACCUGCUCUUGAUCAACAAAUGAAUAAGCAGUGAAACACUUAAAUUGUCUACCUCCUUCUAGUCAACUCAAAGUUCUUAAAGAGUUUGCUACAAGUAUAAAUAUCUCGCUCUUUCAUAUUUAAUGGUUACAUGACGUGGAAUGUAUUCCUUACUGAAAAGCAUUUUUAACUUUGUCUUUUGGCCUUGUUACUUUCACGGAUGUUAGUAGUAACAUAUUCAUCAUACUCAAGGUUCCAGUUAUUUAUGGGCUAAGUUUAUUUAUUUUUAUAGCAUCAUAUAAGGGCAAAAAUUGCAUAUACUAGUCAUUACCUUAACCAAGCACCGUAGUGUCUUUUUUAUCUUUCCUUUCUGCUUAUUAUUUAUUUAUUAUGGCACUGUUAAUUUAUAUCAGUAUGCAUAUUGAUAGUGCUUUGUUGGAUAACCCACUCCUGUUCCACAUUUAAAAAAGUUCAUCAUUUAACGGUGUACUAUCCAAGCUAGCACAUAUCUAGUAGCACAUAUGUAUGGGUAUACUUUUAUUGUCAGAAAUGUUAGCUUAUUUUUCCUUUCCUAGAAUAAUUUAAGCAAUGAUUCCAUGAUGGUUUUUUUUUUCUUUUUUUUUUAGAACACCCAGCAGGUGUACUGUACAGGCAAAACAAAUGACAAGAUGAAAUAAUGUCAUUGAAAAUUAACUGACAUCUGGUUUGAUUUCUCUCGAUUUAUCAAUGACAUUUGCAAAUACAUGUAGGUGUGUGUUUGGUGAGGUACUGGAUACUGUCAUUGUCAAUAACUCUGUACAGGAUACUGUCAUUGUCAAUAACUCUGUACAGGAUACUGUCAUUGUCAGUAACUCUGUACAGGAUACUGUCAUUGUCAAUAACUCUGUACAGGAUACUGUCAUUGUCAAUAACUCUGUACAGGAUACUGUCAUUGUUAGUAACUCUGUACAGGAUACUGUCAUUGUCAGUAACUCUGUACAGGAUACUGUCAUUGUCAGUAACUCUGUACAGGAUACUGUCAUUGUCAAUAACUCUGUACAGGAUACUGUCAUUGUCGAUAACUCUGUACUGGAUACUGUCAUUGUCAAUAACUCUGUACAGGAUACUGUCAUUAUCAAUAACUCUGCACAGGAUACUGCCAUUGUCAAUAACUCUGUAUAAACAAGCCCUUUGUGAGCUCUGCAGAUUUGUUAGGCACGAGUAAAGUGAUUAUAUUAUAUAAAUAUGUGUAUCUUCACCAGCAAAUACAUGUUCUGGUGGUAUUCUGUUGAUUAGUGUCCAGAUUUAUUAUUUAUUCAUAAUUAGCUACCCCUGUAUAUAUAUUGUUGAGUUUAAGAAAAAUAUGAUCUUAAGAAGGUACGUUGAUCUGAAUAAUUUGACACUUAAAAUCACUAGGCUGGUUUUUUGCGUUUUUUUCCACCAACACACAAUAGUCUGCACCGAAUUAUGUGAUAUAAGUCCAACCUUUACAAGCUGUCAGAGCAUCACCAAUUAGUCAUGUUAAAAAAGGUAUAAGAGUGGCAAAAAGCAUAUACAAAUUUCUCCAUGAAAUGUAUUCUGCAUAGGCUUGUAAAAACAGGUCGUCAGAGAACCCCUAGAGCAAAUUUAGCAAGUUUCCGGACGAUUUGAUCCUCAGGAAUGCAUGGUUUUACAGUACAAGAUGGACGGAUCUGCUCUUGCCACUUUACAGCAGAAAGCUAUUAGAGGAAGACAGCUGAACCAGAAAGAUUUGGCUAUUAUACAGUAAAUUUCUGUACACUAACGCCGAUGUCCUCAUUUAUAUUUAUGUUGUACAUGACGAUAUACAUGUAGGCCUAGGCUAAUACAGACAAUAACAUGUUGUUGUCAUCGCAUAUAUGUAUAUAGGUAUAGCAUAUCUUGAGGAAUAUAAUGAUAUAUUUAUUAUAAAGCGGCCAAAGGAAAAUGAUAGUAAAUAAAUAUUAAACUUUAACACAAACACUCAAAAUGUACAGUAUGACACAGGAUAAAGCUCAUUAUGUAUGGUAUAGUUUAAUUGCCAAUGCCUAGACACAGAUCCAAUUCAAUGGCAGAAAAAAUCUGAAAUCUGUCCAGAGAUGUCAGUGUCAUAUUAAAAUCAGAACUUAAACAUCGUCUACUAUGAGUUCAAAUUGAUAUGUCCGUAUGUUUGCCUCUGUGUAAAAUGACAUCUUGAAAAUGACAUAGUUUUGAAUUUGCAGGUUAUAUACCCAGGUUAUUUAAAAAGGGCAAGCUGUAGACUGCUGUCUACCGCCGUCCCCGUAGCCGCAUGCUUUAAAUCCAGUCAUUGUGACAUAAUUACUUUCAAUUCAGGCGCCUACUUUUGAACUCUGACCUCCUCCUCCAAUUCUAAACGAAUACCCUGUAUACCCCAGCCAGCCUUAGUGUUGGCCAGCUUAGUAUGACGUCACCCGCAGUGCCGAACCAGCAUGGCCGGCUAGAGAUCCGCUAGGGUUCUAAAUCUAAUGUUUUUUGGUGGAUUCAAGUCAUUAUAUGUUUCUCGAAGCCCUCUUGGUUAUGUACUCUUCAUUAUGUCUUAUUGAAACAGGUUAUAACCGUUAUCAUUAGGCAAGUCUCCUUGCCGAGGGAGUUAGCAUGCCAGCUCGGCACAAUGACCCAGAAGCCUGUUUGUGAGUUCAAGUCCCGCUCCUGCUGGCUUCCAUUCCGGUUGUGCUUGGGAA